GCGCAUGCCCGGUGCGCGUCGCCUGCCCCCGCCCGGCGCCUGCUCCGGCUUCUGCUCCCCUUGGGCCCCCUCGCGCGGCUGGCGGCUAGCUCCCUCCCCGGUCGCGGCCCGUGGGGACGUUCGCAGGCGAGCGCACCUUCCCGCACGGAAGAGCCCCGGCUGGGAGGAUCCGAGUGAGUGUCGAUUGGUUGACGUGGUGCCUGCGCGUCGGGCCUGAGAAAGUCUGGGCGAGCGCGCAGAGUCGGCUCCUGUGGCGGUGCGGGGCGCAUCUCAGCUAAUCCAAAAGUAAAUGAGGAACUUAGAAAAAGAUUGCCAACUCCAGAUCAACAUAUUUAGAGAAAAUUGGAAAGGAGAAGCUUACUACAGCUUUAUUUGAGGACUUUUUAAAGAACACAGAGUUCUAGCUGUGAGCUUCAAAUCUUGGCGCAGAAACCAGAGACGUUGCCAGAGCAAACAGGAACGGGAGUACAAAUGGACGACUGGUCAAAAGACAUAACCCAUGGUUAUCUUGAACAAGAGACCAUGGGGAGAAACAAAAGUACACAGCCAGAUGAGCAACUGCCUGUGAAUUCUAAGGGAAGCAUGCAUCAGAAAUCCAAUGAAUUAGUUAAUGAAGCUACAUGUGAGGGCAUAGAAUCGCCAGAGCAGAGAUCAAGGAAUUUUCAAGUCAUCAGUCCUCGUCUAGGUGAUGAGACAGCUUACUGCACUACAGAAAAGUCCAAUUUUCUUUAUUACAGCAUUAUGGAACAUAGAAAUAAUGAUUUGCAUUACAAAUGUAUGAUUCCUUGUCAAGUUACUUCAGACUUAAAUAAAGAGGAGACAAUAGGAUUGCUUCUCAAAGAAUUGGACAUUCUCAAAGCAAGCAAUAAAAAGCUUCAAGAAAAACUGACUAACGAAGAUGAAGAACAGAGAAAACUAAAGCUUAAACUGGAACUCCAAGAAAAAGCAACAGAAGCUCAAAUUGCUGAAAAAACAGCAGCUCUGGUUGAAGAGGUGUAUUUUGCACAGAGAGAACGUGAUGAAGCUAUUAUGUCUCGACUGCAGUUAGCCAAUGAGGAGAGAGAUGAAGCAAUUGCACGAUCCAAGCAUAUGGAAAUGUCUCUAAAACUGCUAGAAAAUAUUAACCCUGAAGAAAAUGACAUGACAUUACAGGAAUUACUGAACAGAAUAAACAAUGCAGACACAGGGAUAGCUAUUCAGAAGAAUGGAGCUAUAAUUGUGGAUAGAAUCUACAAGACCAAGGAAUGUAAAAAGAGAAUAACUGCAGAAGAAAUGAAUGCAGUGAUUGAAGAACGGGAUGCUGCUUUGUCUCAGUGCAAACGGCUAGAGCAGGAGCUUCAUCAUCUGAAAGAGCAGAACCAGACUUCAGCAAACAACAUGAGACAUCUGACUGCUGAAAACAAUCAAGAACGUGCUCUGAAGGCAAAGUUGUUAGCUAUGCAACAAGCCAGAGAAACUGCAGUUCAACAAUACAAAAAACUGGAAGAAGAAAUCCAGACACUUCGAGUUUACUACAGUUUACACAAAUCUUUAUCCCAAGAAGAAAAUCUGAAGGAUCAGUUUAACCAUACCCUUAAUACCUAUGAAGAAGCUUUAAAAAGUAGAGAGAACAUUGUUUCCAUCACUCAACAACAAAAUGAUGAAUUAGCUACCCAACUGCAGCAAGCUCUGACAGAUCGAGCAAACAUGGAAUUAGAGCUUCAGCACACCAUCGAGGCCUCCCGAGUAGCCAAUGACAAAGUUCAGAACUGUGAGAAGAAUGUGGCUAAGGCCCAAUAGUCAUUCUUGAGUAGAGCUGGCAAAGGAAACCAUGAGGAGAAGAGAAUUUAACACAUGGGUGUAAGAGAGUACGGCUUCAUUGAUGCGAUCUGAGGAGAAUGCCUAAUGACUGAAAGAAUCAAACUUGGCAAUGAAAACACAAAGCUCUUUUCAUCAAUUCAAACACAGACUCUAAAGCUGCAGAUGGUCACCUCCAGCCUUGUCUAUUCAGUGUGAGGUUUUAUAAAAUGGCACUUUGGUGAAUACUAAUAGAUCAAAACAAAGAUUUAAUAACGUAAAGAUGUGGUGUUCAUUUUUAAAUGAGUAUACAGGUCAGUGUCUCAGAAAAGGAUAAAAAGAGUACCUUUUAUAUGUGGGUCUAAAGUCUUUUUGUUAUUUUUCAACUUCAAAAAUAAAUGACAAACGUACAGAUUGUGUUUUAUGGAAAACAGUUUACAUUAUGAAAAAGAGACCAAAAUCUGAGUUUAUAUUUACACUCAUUGAUUUCACAGGUUUUGUUUGAGGACUCUCAGUUUAUAACAUCUGUUAAUGUUUUCAUGAAGCUCACUUGAUAGGACAAAUAUACGUUGCCAUUCUCAAAGAUGAAUCAAUCUAAUUAAAAAUUUAGGCCAAAAUAUUUUAUAAUUGGAAUAGAAUUUUUUUCUUGCCUUUUUUAGAAAAUGCAAAGGCUCAUUGUUUAGUACAAAGGAAGCCUUUGAGCUUCAAUGCAGUCUUGAAAUUACAUUUUUGGUACUUUGCAUUUGAUUUUCUAAGAUUUUAUAAAUUCAUACUAAUUGUAUAUAUAUUCAAAAGUAAUUCAUUAUAUUCAACUUGUUACUUAUGCUUACAUAACUGAAUCUUACUUUAAAUUAAAAUAUGGGGUAUUUUUCCAGAAUAAAUUUUAUUAUUAGACUUGGAUAGCACUUUAUACUUUAUAAAAUUCUUGAGCUAAACCCAAAUAAAUUAAGCUUUAUUUUCCAAAAUAAGCUUAAAAUAUGAACAUGACUUAUUAAUAGCUUUCAUAUUUCUACUAUAUGUGAAGUAUAAUGAAUAAGUCUGUAUUCCUAAUACUUUAAUAAGUGACACAAACAUAUAAUAAAAUACUAGAAUUGAUAGUUAAAAAGGAGACAACUUAGUAUCUAAUAGAAAUACCAGUAAACUAACAGACCCUUGCCUGUCAUUAACUGGGUGUGUACAAGUUAUUAAACUGUGUUCCUUCUCCGUUUCCUCAUCUAGAAGAUGGAGCUGAUAGACUUGCCCUAUCUACUUCAAAGCAUGACUGUGCAGAUCAAACAAGGUGCAAGUGCAUAAAAGUGCCUUGAAAAACAUAAUACACUCUAUAAAUGCAAGCCAUUGACUGAAGAAUAUAUUCUACUUGUAAUAUACAUUUUAGAUAAAAAGUUAUAAUUACCUCUUUGGAACCAGAAAUAGUAAGUUAGAAAAAUAAUAUUUUAGCCUCAGAGACAUAAUGUAAAUGUCAUGUAACUUUGGAAAAAGUGAUUCUCCACAUAGAUCGUGGAAACUGGAAGUAAAGAGGAUUCUGUGCAUUCUCACACAUUACAAGUGAGAAUGCAAAAUGGUAAAAAUCCCUAUGGAGGAGAAUUUGAUGGUAUCUAACAAAAUUACAUUUAUCCUUUGACUAAAGAAAAUCACUUUUAGGAAUCCCUCCUGAAUAUAUACCUCCUGAAUAUGAAACAAUGUAAGAAUUACAGUAUUACUUUAAUAGCAAACGGAAACAACCCAAAUAGCAGAGUAGCUGAAUAAACUAUGGCAAAUAUUCACAUAGCGUGAUAUGAUGCAACUUUAAAAAAAAAAGAAAAAAGUAAGGAAGAUGUCUGUAAACUAAUAUUGAUUGACAUAUCGCUAACUGAAAAUAAUCAACUAUUUAUAAUAUGCUAUCUUUUAUGUGAGAAAUAAGAAUAAAAGGAACAGGAAGCAUAAACCAGAAACUAAUGAAAAUAGUUACCUUUGGAGAUAGAUGGGAAAGAGAUCCAGGCAUAGGAUGGAAAUGCAACUUUUCUAACUCUGCCUUUUUGUAUAGUUUUGACUUUUGAACCAUGUAUAUAUUUUAAAUAUUCAGAAAUUAAAAUCAAAUGAAAGGGGCUUCCCUGGUGGCGCAGUGGUUGAGAGUCCGCCUGCCGAUGCAGGGGACGUGGGUUCGUGCCCCGGUCUGGGAGGAUCCCACAUGCCGCGAAGCGGCUGGGCCCGUGAGCCAUGGCCGCUGAGCCUGCGCGUCCGGAGCCUGUGCUCCGCAACGAGAGAGGCCACAACAGUGAGAGGCCCGCGUACCGAAAAAAAAAAAAAAAAUCAAAUGAAAAAGAUAAAAAAAGCAAACCCUGAAAGUGAAUACAAAUAGAAAGCAAUGUACCUAACUAUAUCAGAUUGGUUAGAUUCUUAUAGAGAGAAAAUAAUUAACUCAAAUAUCUUUUGACUGUCAGACUGAAUAUACAUCAUUAGUGGCAUAUAUUCUAAGGACAAAAAGAAAUGCAAAGUAAUCUUAAACUUUGCUCAGUAUAUUCAUACUUAGUUGUACUACUGAUUAUUAAAAUUUUGAAACUAUUUUCUAUAUAUUGUUGGAUUGAGGAAAUAUGUAAAUAAAUAUUAUUAGGAGCCAAGAUUUUCACUGUAAAAUAGAUGACAUUAUAAAAAAGCAACUGUAAUAUUCAAUUUGAAUUGAAACUAUCAAUAUGAAUUCAUGCUUUUAAAAAUGUAUAUUUUUCCUUAGCUCUAUUCAUUGAAAAAGCCUUAGAAGGAAGGGAUACACCUAACACCCAGAUUUUAGUUUCUGAAUACAUUUCCUAUUAAAGGGUACCAAAGCUCCUAGGUUUGGAGCAUGGAAACUACGGUGAGUCUGGAUUAUCAUUUUGUGCCAGAAAGGAAGAAAGUACUCAGAGACUAAUAGAGUCAUGUAGAAAGGGCACAGGAGCAGCUUGACAAAGUUGCCAUAGACCAAAUUUGGGAUAAUGUAUGCUUCAAAAGAAGAACUGUAUUUGACUAUAGAAUCCUUAAUUGUUACAUCUAGGGUUUAUAAAGAUACUUUAAAAAAAAAAGAUGGAAGAUGGAAAGGAGGAAUCUCUUUUGUAAAGGAGAACAGCAGUUAACAAGUACAGAUAGAAUAAUAGAAUUAGAAAAUCACCACCUUGUAACCCCCACUGUAAUUAAUUCAAGCAAAGACCAUUCAUCAGCCAUGUAAUGAGUUAAAAGAAGCUACUUUGGCACUAAAGUCAGUCAGUCUAGUUUGGGGAAACUUGCUUAGCAUAUACCAGAGAGUUCAGAGCUUAAAAAUCAGAGAGGGCUUAGACAUGGGGAUUUAAGAUGUCAGGUGCCUUCAAACAAUAUUUAGGGAUUUAUUAUUAAAAUUUACUUUAGAAAUUUUUCUUACUCAAAUAUUCUGUGCUUAUGUAAAUGAUAGAAGAUAGACCUAAAUCAUUCAACCUUUUAUCAAAAUUCAUCUUUUAAAGAAACCAUAAUGUAAAGAAGUUUUGCCUUAGAGAUUUUAUCAAUAUUAGACUAGGGUACUGAUCCUUUAUUUAAAUUUUGAUAUUUUGUUUAUCAUGGUGUUUUUGUGUUAAUUUUGAUUUUUUUUUGAAUAUUGCAUUUAAAUAUUUAUCCUGAUAAUGAGACUUUUUACACCUCUUUAAAUUGUUCAUCUGAAUUGAGUGCCCCAUUCACCUACCCUAGAUGUAGUGCUGAA